AUGACGGCGUUUCUUGUGGAAAAUCUGAACGACGCGAGGAAGUCGUCAGCGUCAGAGCCAGAACCAGAACCAGAACCAGAACCAGAACCAGAACCAGAACCAGAACCAGAACCAGAACCAGAACCAGAACCAGAACCAGAACCAGAACCAGAACCAGGACCAGAACCAGAACCAGAACCAGAACCAGAACCAGGACCAGAACCAGAACCAGAACCAGAACCAGAACCAGAACCAGAACCAGAACCAGAACCAGAACCAGAACCAGAACCAGAACCAGAACCAGAACCAGAACCAGAACCAGAACCAGAACCAGAACCAGAACCAGAACCAGAACCAGAACCAGAACCAGAACCAGAACCAGAACCAGAACCAGAACCAGAACCAGAACCAGAACCAGAACCAGAACCAGAACCAGAACCAGAACCAGAACCAGAACCAGAACCAGAACCAGAACCAGAACCAGAACCAGAACCAGAACCAGAACCAGAACCAGAACCAGAACCAGAACCAGGACCAGAACCAGAACCAGAACCAGAACCAGAACCAGGACCAGAACCAGAACCAGAACCAGAACCAGAACCAGAACCAGAACCAGAACCAGAACCAGAACCAGAACCAGAACCAGAACCAGAACCAGAACCAGAACCAGAACCAGAACCAGAACCAGAACCAGAACCAGAACCAGAACCAGAACCAGAACCAGAACCAGAACCAGAACCAGAACCAGAACCAGAACCAGAACCAGAACCAGAACCAGAACCAGAACCAGAACCAGAACCAGAACCAGAACCAGAACCAGAACCAGAACCAGAACCAGAACCAGAACCAGAACCAGACCCAGAACCAGAACCAGAACCAGAACCAGAACCAGAACCAGAACCAGAACCAGAACCAGAACCAGAACCAGAACCAGAACCAGAACCAGAACCAGAACCAGAACCAGAACCAGAACCAGAACCAGAACCAGAACCAGAACCAGAACCAGAACCAGAACCAGAACCAGAACCAGAACCAGAACCAGAACCAGAACCAGAACCAGAACCAGAACCAGAACCAGAACCAGAACCAGAACCAGAACCAGAACCAGAACCAGAACCAGAACCAGAACCAGAACCAGAACCAGAACCAGAACCAGAACCAGAACCAGAACCAGAACCAGAACCAGAACCAGAACCAGAACCAGAACCAGAACUUAACUCACAAGAACCAGAACCAGAACCAGAACCAGAACCAGAACCAGAACCAGAACCAGAACCAGGACCAGAACCAGAACCAGAACCAGAACCAGAACCAGAACCAGGACCAGAACCAGAACCAGAACCAGGACCAGAACCAGAACCAGAACCAGAACCAGAACCAGAACCAGAACCAGAACCAGAACCAGAACCAGAACCAGAUUCUUAG